ACCGCCGGGACAGGAGCCAUUACCCCACCAGCUUCUAGCUUGUAUAUCAGUCGAGCUCCUGUCAUCCAUCAUCUAAUUGCAGCCUUCAUUUCAUCAAGUUUGAUUCCUUCCGCAGCACCAAUAUCGCCAACAGCAAGCCAUUCCCUACUACCGUCUUUAGAACUCUCCAGUUUAUAGUUCCCCUCGCUACGCCAUGUCGGGCCGUGGAAAGGGUGGCAAGGGUCUCGGAAAGGGCGGAGCCAAGCGUCACAGGAAGGUGCUUCGCGAUAACAUCCAGGGCAUCACCAAGCCUGCCAUCCGCCGUCUCGCAAGGCGUGGUGGUGUGAAGCGUAUCAGCGGCCUGAUUUAUGAAGAGACUCGAGGCGUGCUUAAGGUCUUUCUUGAGAAUGUCAUCAGAGACGCCGUGACGUACACAGAGCACGCUCGCCGGAAGACCGUUACCGCCAUGGAUGUCGUCUACGCUUUGAAACGCCAAGGCCGUACGCUUUACGGUUUUGGCGGUUAGAAUCACUAAUAUUUUGUAUAGACUCCCGUGUGAUUUGCUCUGGACUGGACCUGCUUAACUGUUUGUUAGUGUUAGCAUUAUUGCAGAGAAUGUACUCUUCUGAUAUAUUGCAGCUAAUGACUUUGAUCCGCGCU